AUGACGAAGCCGAAGGGGCCGCCGCAGGCAGAUACGUCGAAGCUGAUGCCGGCGCUACUGGUGGCACUGUUCCAGAAGCCGCAGGACCGCCAGUUCGUGAUCGCGCUGGAGAACGAGCUGCUGCGUUUCGUGGAGUCGCCGAGCAUGAGCUACCAGCUGCAGCCGAUGAACUCGUACUACCGGCUGCUGUCGCACCAGGUUGCGGACUACCACGGGCUCUCGCACGUGGUCUCGCGCGAGCAAGAGCUGUGUGUAGUAGUCUACAAGGAGGCGAACGCAAAGGCUGAUAAAGGCCGCGGCGCGCGGGGCUCGCAGCGGACGCUGCUGCAGGAGCUGGAGCCCAGCGUGAUGUACCAGUUCCCGCCGGAGUAUUUUGCAAUUGCAGCGAUGGCUGCAAUGAACGACGCGCUGCUCCAUCCGGGGAACAAUAACGUGCAGGCCCAGCAGUGGGCACGCAGCCCUCAUGCUCCCCAGCCGAGCCGAGGCGCGGCGGCACGCACCCCGCGGCGCGAGAAGCCCAAAGGCUUUAAGCUACUAAGCAGGCCUGGUGCUUCCGCUGCCAAGGGGGCCGACCGCGCGCCUCACACAGGGCGGGGCCGCUCUUACGAGAGCAGAUACGGGUGGCACCCACCUUCGAGCCCCUCUGUUGAGCCGGAUCGGCCCGCUAAGACGCCGGAUCUGCAAGAGGGUGGCCGUGUACAGCAGGUGUCUUCCCCUGUCCCUGCUACGCCCCGGCGCGAACGCGGUUCCGAGCCCAUAGAAGAUACGCAGGACGACUCACCGCAGCCCCACGAGUUUGAGACUUCGCGGUACGCAUUAGAUCGCAUGGACGAUAUCCCGCCCGUCUUACUAGGGGCGCCGGUAGCCGUAGAAUCGCCUGGUCCGCCAAUUGCCGUCACACAGAGCCCCGGCACCGGGCCCGUCCACAGCUACAGUAGUAAGCCCCAUAGGCGAGCACACAACUACCGCAGAAAUCAUACCAACCAGCAGGCUCAGAAGCCUGCAAAGGGCUCCAGCUAUCCCGGCUUUCCCGGCUUUCCCGUCAGCCGCUACGUCGCGUAUCUGCCCCAGAACUAUCUCUCGCAAUACCCACAGGGCUACUAUUAUCUGCCAGCCAACUGCAUGAUGCCCUACUCGGCAAACGGCUCCCCUCCAUUGGACUACAUGUUCCGGCCGGCAGGGCCGCCAUAUCCGAUGCCGAUGUACGCGCUGCCGCCCCACGGCGCCGGGCUCCACAUGCCGCUACAGCCAGGGAUGCAGGGCGUGCAGGUUUCGGCCGCGUCGCCGCCGCCGGGGCAGUCUCACUUUCCCGGCAACGUCUAUUAUCCGUCAUCAUCGUCUGCCAGUGGCACGCCGUAUUCACGUAAGAGCAGCACCUCAUCGACACUCACGCGGGAAAGCCACACAACCCCAAGUAGCCCCCACCUUGGCAGCACCCGCUUCUCGGCCGAGUCGACGUAUGAUAGAAACCCCCCGGCAGAUCUCAGUCACUCUAGUACCGACUGCGUGCCGCCGAGCUGA